AUGACGGACCCUAAUCUGAACACGCUCCUCAAGUGGGGCGUCGAAAACUCCAAUGUCUCCCAAGGCGCAGAGCCACCCAAGACAACGUUGACCCCAGAUGCUCUCGCAGCUCUGUUUGGCAAUCAGAAGUCGGACGCGCAGAUGAUGAAGGACAACAUGGAGGUCAUCAAGAGAGACGAAUGUGAUAUAGAGGAUCGUAUUGUCGCAUUCGACAACUUCGAGCAGCUCAUCGAGAACCUCGACAACGCAAACAACCUCGAAGCGCUAAACCUUUGGAUCCCUUUGAUCGAACAACUGGACAACAAGGAGGCCGAGCUGAGGAGGUUUGCCGCAUGGUGCAUCGGCACAGCGGUGCAGAACAACAUCAAAACCCAGGAGAAACUCUUGGUGCUCGGUGCCAUCCCCACUCUAGUACGAAUAGCCACGGGGAACGACGAGAUGAAAGUCAAGAAGAAGGCCAUUACAGCGCUCUCAUCGUCCGUCAGGAACUUUCAGCCCGCCCUUGACGAGGCUGUAUCCCACGUACCCGCCGACUUCAAGCCUUCAGGCCCGCUCGAUGCGAGCGAUAUGGAAUCGGUGGACAUUUUGAUCAACAAGCUCCGCGAGAGCUUGUAG